ACAGUUCCUGCAGUUCAGCGCAGGGGGACGGAUCGGUUGUGGAGGAGUGGGACUGCGUGCAGCGGCCGAAGCCUUCACCUGACCGAAUCGCCCUUAGUAAAUACGGAAGACGGUGCACCCUUCUCUGCAGACAACUGACCGGUGCUUCGCCGGCGCGGGACCUGCGGACACGGCAUCCCGAGCUUAACCGAAGGACGGGAAUGAUUUGCGAGCAGACGAAUGGAACUCGGUGGAGGGGACCCCCGUUUCAGCCGUCGGGUUUUACCGCAUCGUAACGCACUCCCGCGGCUUCUGCGUGUAAGUCUGCGGGCGAUCGGGGCAUCGCCUCCUGGUCUCCCCGGAGAUCGGGGCCGGCGAGUCUCCCCGCCUCUCUGUGGAUGAGCGGAGCGCCGAGCGCGUCCAGCGCAUCUAUAAACGCGUGUGCGCGCACAACCCGAGUUCACUGCGUUUGGAGGAAAACCGAGGGGAAAAGGCGCUGAUGUGACAUUGAACCUGGGCUCCGAUUGUGAAAAUGCACACAGGAGGACGGAGGGGGAGAUAUUUGGUUUCAAGUAACAAAAAUCUGAUCAUUUUGAUACUUUGUUAAGUGGAGGUCCGGUGCUGAGGCAACAGCUGCACGGAUUUUCACGGGUUUCCGUAAGGGGAUGAUGAACCGAGCUGCUUUAUUUUUUCUUCUUAAUUUGUACUAAGACACGACUUUGACCGAGGAGCCGGCUAAGUCCGUCGGGGUAGCGGCCAGCGGAGACCAGGAUGAAAAAUGUGCGUUCGCCAGCAAAUUGAUUCGGGAGAUGUGCAGCCCGAAUCGUGCCGCCUCGGCUAGUCCAGAAGGUACCCAAACAGCCCGGUCACAGUUGCAGGACUUCAGGAUUAAUCAUGAAACCACGGUUUUGUGCCCGAUUCCUACCGAUGUGAGGGAGAUUGACCAGGGCACUGUUCUCUAUGGAUCUCUGACUUGCAACACCCAACGAUUAAUGGUAAAUAAUGACUCGAGUUUGGAGCGGAUAUUUUUUUCUUGACACCGUUACAAGCAAAGAACGGGCACACCAUAUGGUGUUUAUUAAUGAGAUGCGACGGAGCGCCCCCUGGCUGUAGACCUCCACUGGUGCGACAUGUUGGCCUGCUUGCAGAGGAGGCAGACCCCCGCGGAGCAGCGGCUGCCUUGCGGCAGUAGGAGCCUGGAGGCCCCACCCCCUGUCAGCAGGAAAUGUGAGCAGGCUGCCCUGGCCAACUCGAGGAGGUAUCCGAGCCCAGCAGAGCUGGACGCCUACGCCCAGAAGACCUCGGACAGCCCCCUGUCCAUCAAGAUCUACCCCGCCAACGUGCGGGUCCCACAGCACAAGCAUCUCAGCCGGUCUGUCAAUGGCUUCGACACCUCGGGCCUCCGUUACGGCUCCUACGCGCACUUCCACUCGGGGGGGUACCGGGGCCUGCUGGCCAUCGCUAAGCCCAACCCCGCCCCUGCAGCCAAAGGCCUGCUCAAAAACCCGGAGGGCAGGCGGACUAAAGUCUCCCCGGUACAAGUGGCUGUGGCACCGUACCCGCUGCCCGGCAGUGCUGCCGCACUCCGCCACAGGCAGACAGGCUACCCGGCGGCGCCCCAGAAGCCGCUGGAGGUGCCUGUCGCCACAGUAACCGCCUCCGCCAUGGCCGUCCCGGGGGGCCGAGGAUUAGCUCCGCCCAGCCAGUCCGGUCUCCCUCCCAUCCAGAACUUCAUCUACCAGAUCAACCAACACUGCCAGUCCCAGGCCCCAGGUCCUGGGGUGUCGGCGGCCAGAGGGGCGAGCGCCAGCCCCUCCCUGCAGAUUGCUGCUGUGGCGGCUGUGGCUCGGCCCAGCGUCCCUCCGGUGGGCUUUGCCGUGGGUGAGGGUCCCCAGGACGGCCUGGCAUUCACUGGGGCAGUGCUGCCCGCUCAGGGUGCGGAGAUGGCAAAGGCUGGGGCUUAUGUGGAUGGUAUCGAUUACAUCCUGUGGCAGCAGAAACAGCAGCAGCAGCAGGUGGCACUACGGAUGUACAGCACAGGCAGUGGAGGGGGUGGGUCCAUAAGCCGGUCCCCAAAAACGUGCAUUCCUGGGGGUGGUACCCAAGGCUCUGUCAGGCCUUACCUGAUUGGGGGUGGGGCUAUCACUGGAGGUGGGUUGGACCGGCUAAGCUCCUCCCCUUUGAAUUGCACCGCUAUGCACGGGAUCUCAGUGGGCCAGUACUUCCCGCCGCCCUGGAACAGCGUGCUGGCAACUCCUGACAGCGACUGCUACAAUCCCCAGGAGCUACCAGGGGGUGGUGUGGGCGGAGCCCGGGAGCAGGCCCUGUCCCUCCACGCCCCUGCGGCCUGCAGCGGGGGUCCCUGCUGCUCCCUGCCCACCAAAGGCCUGUGCGUUGGUUCCACCCUCAGCAGCAGCCUUCAGUCGCUGGAGUUCCUGAUCAGCGGCAUCCGGCCGCCCUGCAUCAAGGAGCAGAUGCUGGGGAAAGGGUACGAGACUGUGGGCGUGCCCAGGCUGCUGGACCAGCAGCAGACACACAUCCGGCUACCUGUCUACAGAUGAGAACCGGGCUCUCUCUAGCCUGUAUCUAGACUAAACGACAGGGUGGGAACCUUUAGUAUGAGGAAACCUAGAUCUGUGUGUGCCUGUAUUAAUGUGGGGGUGUUUCCAGGGGGUUCUGAUGGAAACCGAGCUGUACUGGGAAGCUGGAGUAUGUAGGGCAGGUGUAGAAAAGCCCUGAUGAUUUCUGAUUGGUCUCUAUGCUGUUCCCGCCAGUGUCCUGCAAAGGUAGUUUCUGUUCAGGUUUAGUAUCUUUUUAUUCUUUAUUUUUAGUUGCUUUUUUUUUUUUUUGGAUGUUAAAGGGCUUGACUGGAGGAGCUCAGCCAAGUCUGCUCCCAAAACUCCACAGAGGUGUUCUCUGUGACCCUGAGCUCUGGUCUGUGGGCUGUGUAUAGAACAGGAUGGAAAGCUGACCGGAGACGCAGGUAUGGAGAACAUGGCCCACCCACUCAGGACCGUGACCGUGGGAAGCAGACUGGAAGCAGAUGGCCGGGCUGAACACUGCUCGUUUGAGAAAAGGCAAACUUGACGAUUAUUCACUCUACAUCUGCUAGGCAUACAGAAUUCAUUAGCUGCUAAAGGGGGAAGUAUUUAUUUGUCAGUGGUAUGUUUAUUUAAUGUGAUUUUUGUUUCUGUUCUGUAUUUUCCGAUAAUUACUAUUACUGUGUGGCUGAUGGGGCCUUGAGGUUCGUAGCUAUGGCGAUUCGGUACGAAUGGGUCACUACAGUAACAGUUGCCGAAUACCAGUACAGGUUGUUUCGGAGGGUGCGGG